AUGGCAGAAAUAACCAAACAAAACCCUCCAAAAAUCAUCAUAAACAAUCAAAAGCUAAUAGAUGAUGACCACUCAACAGAAUCUCAUUGGCUUAGCCCAAUAAUAUUUGCUGCCAAUGAUGGGUUAGUUUCUACUGCAUCACUCAUGCUAGGAAUGGGUGCAGUAAGUCAAGACAUUAAUGCCAUGAUCCUAACCGGGUUUCUAGGCCUUGUAUUCGGGUCAUUUACCAUGGGUCUGUGUCAGUUUAUGACCCAUGACUCGGCCCAUGAUAUUGAAUCUGCUGGUCAAAUGAGAAAGACUAGAAAAGAUCCUUUAAUGGCGGCUGCUGGUAUGGCUGCAGCAUUUUCAUUUGGAGCUUUGGUGCCUUUGCUUAUGGGGUUGUUCAUGGAGGAAUCUGAAGUGUCAAUUGGGCUGGUUGAAGGCCCAAUAAGUGUGGUUUUGGCUGUGUUUGGGUGGGUUGGCCCGUUUUUGGAUGGAGCUCCGGGUUUUAGAGCUGUUUUGAGGGUUUUGUUAUGGGGUUGGGUUGCUAUGGUUGUCACAUUUGGUUUAGUCAUUAAUAAUGAUUGGUGA